GAGCAGGUUGCAAACACCACAGUCACACCGAGGGAAGGAGCUCGGAGGGGAGACGCGCGCACAGUUGGAUAGAGAUAUCCGGAAUGCACAAUAAGUGACCCUGAGCAGUCUCUACCACUUGGCCCCCUUCGUCGAUCCAGUCUUUGACAUUGUCUCAACCAAAGAUGAAGCUCGCGGUUGCUUUAGUGGGCCUGAGUUUGGCUGUGAUGGUCGUGAUGAUUUACCAGGCCGUGCGCCAGGAGCUGAACCUGCGCAAUCUGAAAACCCGCAUGGUGGAGAACUCGGCGGAGGUCAAGAGGAAAGAGGAAGCCAUCGUCGAGUUGAAAGUAAAGAUCCAGGAUCUGAAGACGACGCUGACGGGUGUCCACACCAAGAUGGAUGAGCUAAAGGUGAAGAAGGUGGAGGUUGAAAAAUCAUCACAGGAGCUUGAUAAAUAUCUGCAGACGUGUAACACAGAGAAGGCAGAUGUUGAGAAGAAGAAGACAGAUGUGGGAGAGGCUGUGAAUAAAGUCAAAGCUGAUCAUGAAGAGGCUAAAAGGAAGGCAGAGGAGGAGAUCCAGGGCUUGAAACAGCAGAUCUUGGACAGAGACAAAGCUAUUUGUGCUUUUGCAGAUACGACCAAAGAAGAAGCACGGAAGCUGUGUGGAAUCUCUGAAGCUCCACAGUAAAGUCAACUCAGAAACACUAAACACUCACUGUGAACUUUUAAAAGAAGAAGCAGGCCAUGCAUACGAGGACACAGUGUGCAUUUAUCCUUGCUUCAUAGGAGAAAGUAAAAACUGUGUUGAUUUAAAGAGUCUGUACGUUCAUUCAUAGAACAAAUGGCACAGACUUGGGGGGUGGGGAAAUUUGUUGCAUAAUUUAAUGUCUUUUAUGUAAUUGCAUUGGGUAGGUCUAGUUUGUCCUUUUGUCUCUGUAAAACACUUUGACACAUGCGAUUAUAGGCUUCACAAAAUUACCUUGGGUGUUAUGGAGAGUCAUUGCCAAAAAUAUGUUCCCCUGAAUGAACCGGUAAAGCUACAUUGUGUAGCACCUGAGCCAUCCUGCCUGAGGCAUAUACAGUCUGCGUUCUAUUGCCAUUCCCCUGAUGAAACCUGAGUGUCUACCAGCAACCAGAAAAAAACAUGAUCAUCACUUUAUUCUCUAAGGUCUUGUGUGUCAGAUAAUUUGUUCACCAUAUGUGGAACAAAGGAACAGUAAGGUAAUGCUUAAUGGAAAUAUCAUAUUGUGUCACAUGUUGGGGUGAGAAAACUGUGUGUUGAGUAAAACACUCACUCAGAAUAGAUUGUAACUGAGAUAAACAUAUUUCAAACAUUAUAACUAUAAAACAACCACAGUAAUCUGAAAUUGCCCCUCAUGGGAUCUGAUUUAUGCACAAUAAAUUCUUACAUGGCGAAUACGCUUUCUGGUGUUCUCUCCUGAUUUAUCAUGUAUCUCCUACAUGAUAGAUCACAUAGACAAAACAGUUCAACGACAUGUUCCUCUAUCUCCCCCUAGUGCUCACACAAGGAUUGACAGCCUCCCUGCAAUUUUCCCGCUCACUUGCAGGAGGAGGUACUCGGUGUGAGUGCAUUUUCUCCCUUUUCCCAUCCUACCUCUUCAGCUUUAUCAUUGAACCCUAGCUUUUUGGAGUUUUGGUGUAGCUGGUCUGUCUGAGCCCACAAAGCUGACCUCCAGCACCCUAUCAAAUGGUUAAUACUGUUGUGGAAAAUGGCUUUAAAUAGGUGCAGCUUUGAAUCUGAGGGCAGAGGUUCAGGCAGAACUAGUUUCAUAGUAAAGGAAUAAGUGACAUAUCUGAUGAGCAAUUGGUUGAAUAUUACUGAUCAGUUCAUCUAGCUUCAACCUGUGAAUUCAAGUGAAAUAAUUUCUUGAAUUACUUUUUAAAUGUCAAAAACUGCUGUUACUUAUAAAGCACACAGAGCAAUCAGUUCUUAUAUGGACAGGGCCACAUUGGGUGUAAAUAAAUGUCGAUAUUUAGAAAAUAAUUCAAGUAUGAAAUGUUUAUGAAAUGUGAUUCACAGUGACAGUGUGAAGCAUCUUGAAAAAGUGAACUUAGAAGUGCAUGUAACCAAUUGUUUAAAACAAACAAACACAUUUUUUGUUUUGUGACUGUUAAAAACAUGUUUGGUAUCAUCUGGAAAGACAAAGGACAUGGACUAGUCCUAAAUACUGUUAUCAUACUGAAUUCUUUCUCUCAAGUCAGUUUUCAAGCAAACUAAACCAUCCUUUCUUACCUUUCAAAGAAUGUAGCCCUAAUUUUACUACAUAUCAUUUUAGUCUACAUGAUUAAUCACUUAAAAAAUAUACAUUCACUCAAAAAUAUACAUAUAUAUAUCAGCUAUGUCAGAUCCUCCAUCUUAUGUCUGCUCAUACAGUGGUCAUUUUUUGUUUUCAAAUCAAAAUCAAAUUACUAUCUUAUUUUUUCUGUUUCUCAAGUAAUUAACAGAAAACAGAAAUGAAUUAACAGAUGGAUUACCAUCAUAUGCUGCAAAUAGCAUAGGAUUAAACAGCUACAAAAAUUGUUGCUAACCAACUCAACUAAUCAUAUCAGUUCCAGAGUACUGGUUAGUUUCUGGGGAAAUAGGAAAUAAUGAAAUAAUUUAUCUGGCCAUGGUUAAAAACCAUUAAUUGAAUAUUUGUAUACCGCGUAUUAUAAACACUAAAUACGGGGAUUUAAAGUCGUUAAACUUGCACUUAAGUAAACAUUUAUUUUGCCCGUUCAGUGCCACUAUGGUUUUUUAGUGUGUUAAUGUUAAUAAAGUUUUUCAAAAAUA